CGUGCCACCGCUCCUUCCUCCAUCUCCUGCACCCUCGCCCGAGACGCCGCCGCUCCCCGCAUGGACAGCAAGAGCGAAAACGGGUCGCUGGCGGGCCUGCCCCGACCCGAUUCCUUCGGCCGCUACGGAAAGUACGGCGGCAAAUACGUCCCGGAGACGCUAAUGCACGCCCUCACCGAGCUCGAGGCCGCGUUUCACAAGCUCGCUGAUGAUGAAGAUUUUCAGAAAGAGUUGAAUGGCAUUUUGAGGGACUAUGUUGGCAGGGAAACUCCUCUCUAUUUUGCAGAGCGGCUGACUGAACACUACAAACGCCCUAAUGGUGAAGGGCCACACAUUUACUUGAAGAGGGAGGAUCUUAACCAUACUGGUGCCCACAAGAUCAACAAUGCUGUUGCUCAAGCUCUGCUAGCUAAGAAACUGGGCAAGAAGCGCAUUAUUGCUGAGACUGGAGCAGGUCAGCAUGGAGUUGCCACUGCAACCGUCUGUGCUCGGUUUGGAUUGCAAUGUAUCAUCUACAUGGGUGCCCAAGAUAUGGAAAGACAAGCUCUCAAUGUUUUCAGAAUGCGGCUUCUUGGUGCUGAGGUCAGAGGAGUCCAUGCUGGAACAGCCACAUUGAAGGAUGCCACUUCAGAAGCUAUAAGAGACUGGGUUACCAACGUAGAGACAACCCAUUAUAUUUUGGGCUCAGUUGCCGGUCCUCACCCAUACCCUAUGAUGGUUCGUGAUUUCCACAAAGUGAUUGGUAAAGAAACAAGAAAACAGGCUUUGGAAAAGUGGGGUGGGAAACCAGAUGUUUUAGUAGCUUGUGUAGGUGGCGGUUCGAAUGCUAUGGGACUUUUCCAUGAGUUUGUGGAAGAUAAGGAGGUUCGAUUGAUUGGGGUGGAAGCUGCAGGUUUUGGAUUAGACAGUGGCAAACAUGCUGCAACUUUAACCAAAGGAGAUGUUGGAGUUCUACAUGGAGCUAUGAGUUACUUGUUACAGGAUGAAGAUGGCCAAAUUAUUGAGCCUCAUUCUAUAAGUGCAGGCUUGGAUUACCCUGGAGUUGGACCGGAGCAUAGUUUUUUAAAAGAUUUGGGGCGAGCUGAAUACCAUAGCAUUACUGAUGACGAAGCAUUGGAGGCUUUUAAAAGGUUGUCCCGGUUGGAGGGAAUCAUUCCAGCUCUGGAGACUUCUCAUGCACUGGCGUACCUAGAAAAACUCUGCCCAACUCUUCCUGAUGGGGCUAAAGUUGUGCUUAACUGUAGUGGCAGAGGGGACAAAGAUGUUCAUACUGCCAUCAAACACUUGAAGGUUUGAUGUUGUCAUUACUGAACAAACCACAGAAGCAUCAAAUUAAAGCUAGAACCACAGGAAUAAAUUUUGUUAAAUGUAUCUUUACGUAACUGUCGUAUAGAGCCAUGUUAAUUAGGAGAUCAAUUUGUUGAUUGGUUGAUGAUGUCUCUUGUCAUCAACCAUCCAAGAACAGUUGAUGAACGGAAGUACUGUAUUCUAUCUUUCUGCAAUGUUUAAACUGCUCUUAUAUUGCAAGGUUCUUUGGUUCCUGUACAAUGUCACUAUGUUUCUC